AUGCUAGCUCCUAGAAGCUACCUUUUCACUGCACAUCACUCCAACGUCAGUGACAAAAAUGAUCGAAAGGCAAAAGAGAAGAGAAGGCCCUCUCCGCCGAAGCGCGCGACCUCUUCGACUAUGAGUGUUACCACGACAGCUACAACCACUUCAGUCGCAACCGACACAGGAAGUCGACCGACGACGCCUUCCUCGCCCGUUGUCAUACCAUUUCGCGGACAGCACGAUGAGCCUAGGCAAAGAUCGCAGGUCAGAAAUGAACGUCAGCGUAGAAGCCAUGCGAGGGGACAAAGGACAAUACACUCCCCGGAUGCGAUUUCGCCCUCCGUUGCGGCUCUGCUGGCUAUCACCCAAAUACCUACCGGCCCACGAUACCAUACUACGCAUCGAGCACGGCCAACUGCGGGACAGAGGCUGACGGUGGAUGCUAUACUGCAGCACACAGGAGUUUCGGAGAAAGAGUACAGCAUCUCUCUGGGUCGGAGCCCGCUCGACCUUCUGCUGAGUCCACAGGACGAAUUGGAAGAUGAUUUAGCGGGCAGCGAAACUGGGCAGGAGUCAAUAAUGUCUGCGAGGACACUCUCGAGCGAAUCCAUGCCAUCCUUGGAUGGCGACUGUCCAAGCGAUGCAUCGCCCUCUAUGAAUUCUUUUGUUACAACGCCUAGUCCGAGGAGUCGACGAUCAGUUCCUUCGCGGCGACUUCGAGCUCUUUCUACACAAGAUUCAAGUACAGACGACCACCCGUUAUCGUCACCUACGAUCAAUGUUGAUGAAUUAGACUUCCGAGUCUUCCAGCGGGAAACUGACGACAAAGAGGAGUGUUCAAAUACAAACGAAGUAACACCACGGAAGUCAGCCUUCAAGUCGAACUUGACAGCAUCACUACGAGCCCUUCGCUCAGCGGCGAAGUCAUUUUCAUCUCUUAAAACACCCCUGAUUACACCUGACGAUUUUCUUACAAGAUCUAUCAUCACUAUUGACCCGCGGGUUCCUUUUACCGAUGAGCGGAUGCCACCGCGACUCGAAGAUACUCCUACGCCAGCAUUACGUCGAUAUCUUAAUCCCACGACGAACGCUCCAAUCGAGGCUCAUGUACCCCCUUCUCUUGCGCAGACAACGCCAGCAUCCAAAUGCACAGCAUCUAUACAGAUGGAAACGUACAAAAUUUCCCGCUCUGCGAAAGGUACUUCACCAAAUGUCAUAAGUCGACGUACACAAUCCACACAAGAAACCUUGGCCGAAGUCGUCGGGCCCGUUGCCCGUCAGCGCGAAAUGCGCGAGAACAGCGAUUUCAUCAGGAUUGCAGUCAUGGAAAUGGCCAUGCGGAAGAAGGGAAAAUUAGAUGAUCACAAGCCUGGUCGAGCAAAGUGGGCGCUGCCGCCGAGGAAAGUGCCAACGAAGAGUUACGAAGUCGGAGUAGACGGUGUUCCUGUGAGAUGGGUAGCUUUAGUCCCAUCAUAA